AUGCAGGCCAGUGCCGACUCCACCAGGAUGGAAUGUUUCUGGAGCAACUGGAAAUGCCAGGCUAUUGACUUGUUAUACUGGCGGGAUAUAAAGCAGACCGGAAUUGUAUUUGGAAGUGUCCUUCUGAUGCUCUUCUCCCUGACCCAGUUCAGUGUGGUCAGUGUCAUCGCCUACCUAGCACUUGCUGCCCUCUCAGCCACAAUCAGCUUCAGAAUCUACAAAUCAGUUUUACAGGCUGUACAGAAAACCGAUGAAGGCCAUCCAUUCAAAAACUACUUGGAUGUGGAAAUCUCCCUUUCCCAAGAACAGAUCCAGAAAUACACAGACUGCCUACAGGUGUACUUAAACAGCAUAGUCCGAGAGCUCAGGAGACUUUUCCUGGUACAGGACCUGGUUGAUUCAUUAAAGUUUGCAGUACUAAUGUGGCUGCUGACCUAUGUCGGAGCUCUCUUUAAUGGACUUACACUCCUCAUUAUGGGUAAGUGA